UACAAUUAUUGAUUCAUUCAUUCAUAGAGUAAUAUACAGUACUAUACAGUGUAUACACUACUACUACAGUACAGUACAUACAGUACUAUAGACUCAGUGAAGCACUCAAUAAUAGACUACAACAACAAAAAUAAUAUCAAAUAAAAAAUCAUUGAAUUAUUGAUUGAUUGGCCACUGAUAUGAUCGGCCAGUUUCGGGGCCUAAAAAUAAGAAAGACAUUAUUUUAGGGACACGUGUUGUGGCCACCGCUGCACGUGUCUGGUCUGUUGUUGUUUGCAGUCCAUUGUCGGCGCUCUUACGCCACACGACAUAAUCGCCGACAAUGAUCGGCGGUCUAUUCAUUUACAAUCAUAAGGGAGAAGUCCUCAUAUCCCGUGUCUAUCGGGACGACAUUGGACGCAAUGCAGUGGACGCGUUUCGGGUGAAUGUAAUUCACGCCCGCCAACAGGUUCGGUCGCCGGUGACCAAUAUGGCCCGAACGUCAUUCUUUCAUAUCAAACGCGGCAACAUCUGGUUGGCCGCUGUGACCAAACAGAAUGUCAACGCAUCGAUGGUCUUCGAGUUCUUGUUGAAGAUGUGCGAAGUCAUGCAAAGCUAUUUCGGCAAAAUUAGCGAAGAAAACGUUAAGAAUAACUUUGUACUGAUCUAUGAACUGUUGGAUGAGAUUCUCGACUUCGGUUAUCCACAGAACACUGACACCGGUAUACUGAAGACGUUUAUUACACAACAGGGCAUCAAAUCGGCCACAAAAGAGGAACAAUCGCAAAUCACAUCACAGGUUACCGGACAGAUUGGUUGGCGACGAGAGGGCAUUAAAUAUCGACGCAAUGAACUCUUUCUCGAUGUCUUGGAGUACGUGAAUCUCUUGAUGUCACCGCAAGGUCAAGUGUUGUCCGCUCAUGUGGCCGGCAAAGUGGUGAUGAAGUCGUAUUUGUCGGGAAUGCCUGAAUGCAAGUUUGGUAUCAACGAUAAGAUUACAAUGGAGUCAAAGGGCAAACAAACGCAAUCAGCAGCACUGGAUGAUCCGACUCGGCCCACGACGACUACCACUAGCAAGUCGUCCAUUGCCAUUGAUGACUGUCAGUUUCACCAGUGUGUCAAACUGUCAAAGUUUGAGUCGGAACACGCCAUUAGCUUUAUACCACCGGAUGGCGAGUACGAACUGAUGCGCUAUCGGAUUACUAAAGACAUCUCAUUCCCGUUCCGAAUCAUACCGUUGGUUCGUGAGGUCGGCCGAACCAAAAUGGAAGUCAAAGUGGUGUUGAAAUCUAACUUUAAGCCGUCGCUUAUUGGGCAGAAAAUUGAGGUGAAGAUACCGACACCAUUGAACACUAGUGGGUGUCAAUUGAUUUGUAUGAAAGGAAAAGCAAAAUACAAGGCCAGUGAGAACGCCAUUGUCUGGAAAAUAAAACGUAUGGCAGGUAUGAAGGAGACUCAACUGAGUGCUGAAAUAGAACUUUUGUUGACCGACACUAAGAAAAAGUGGAACCGACCACCUAUUUCGAUGAACUUUGAGGUGCCGUUUGCACCUUCCGGUCUAAAGGUUCGCUACUUGAAGGUGUUUGAACCGAAACUCAAUUAUAACGAUCACGACGUUAUUAAAUGGGUUCGUUAUAUUGGUCGAAGCGGUCUCUAUGAGACUCGUUGCUAAUCAGGACUACGGAGAAGGAAAUCCAUGAGUGAGUGAGUGGUUAUGCUUGAAAUCUUUAGUGAAAUAAAAACACGUCUUCACUACUAUUUAUCUUUAAAACUUAAACAAAUGGUUAUCCUAUCUGUCUCUCUAUAACACUGUUAUUGAAUUUACUUUAUUAUUUUUAUUAUUAAAUUAAUGUGAGAUCAUUCCACAGUUAAUUAAUUAAU